CACACGCCAGACGGGGAGAGAGAGAGAGAGAGAGAGAGAGAGAGAGAGAGAGAGGAAUCGGACGGCUCUAAUCUCUCACAGGGUGGAACGGAUGGCGACGAUGGGAUACCGGAGCUCGAGCUGCAGCGCGUGGGUCUUCUCUCUCAAAGCCGUGGUGGUCUCGGCCGGCGUCUUAUCGACGGCCCUGAUGCUCCGCCUCUCGGGACCAUCGAUCAUAAAGUUCCUGGCCUCCGAGUUCCCCCGGAUGUACCUCUCCCUGCUCUCCUGGCUCACCCCGCCCUACCUCUACUUCGUCAUCAACGGUAUCAUCAUCUCCAUCGCCGCCUCUUCCCGCUUCCAGAAGCCAGCCCCCGAGGUCCCCGAUCCGGUGGGAUCCGCGCCGUCGCUGGCGAAUCCGACGGUUAUCCAGCCGCCGGAGUACGUGCCUCCGACGGAGUACGUGGAGAAGGUCGCGGAGGGCGUGCGGCCCGAAUUAGUCGCGCCGGCGGUGUACGGAGGAGAGGAGGUGGGGGUUUCAGGAGUAGAGAUGGCGGCGGCGGUGGCGAAGGAGGCGGCAAAGGAGGUGGAAGGCGAGGAGGAGUUCGUGAUAUCGAGAUCGACCUGGUCGCCCAAGCGGAGGGUGUCGAGGGAGACGGCUACGGCGAUGGAGUAUUCGGCCGUGACAGAGAAACCUCUGGUUUCCGUCAGGUUCGGUCACCGAAAAAACGUGAAGCCCAGCCCCGAAGGGAACGCGCUGCGGGUGGCGAGGCCGAAGCGGAACGACACGCUGGAGAGCACGUGGCGGACCAUCACGGAGGGCCGUCCGGUCCCCCUCGCCCGUCACCUCAAGAAGUCGGACACGUGGGAGACCCACGGCCGCGCCUCCCACAACGAACAGUCCCCGGCCCCGCUGGUGCGCAAGUCCGAGACCUUCAACAACCGGGCUGGCCGGUCGCCGGCGGCUUCGUCCUCGCCGUCGCCGUCGUCGUCUGGCGGCCGGCUGAGAAGGGAGCCGUCGCUGGGGCAGGACGACCUCAACCGGCGCGUGGAGGCGUUCAUAAAGAAGUUCAACGAGGAGAUGAGGCUCCAGCGGCAGGAGUCGUUCAAGCACUACUUGGAUAUGAUCAGCCGCGGCAGCCACUAAAGGAAGGAGGAGGAAGAGAGAGAGAGAGAGAGAGUUUGUGUAUUACCGUGGACAAGUAAACUGUUGAGUUGUCGCUAGAAACUUAAGAAGGAAAAUAUGAAGUAGAAGAGUGGUUUGUUUUCCCUCUUUUUAUCUGGGAUCAGAAAGAAAACUGAAAAAACAGAGGAAGCUGUGUGAGUGAUGCUUGUUUUAUUUAUAAUUAUUUUUUAUUUGUUGGUUUUUCGCUUUUCCUAAAUUUGGGUUUCGAUAUAUAUGUAUAUAUACCAACGAAAUCAGGUGAAGUUGUUGUGGUUUAUAAACAUUUUGUUUUCUUGUUUCCUCAA